AUGGAUAUAGUUGAAGAGGAAGUAGUAGAAAAUCCUGAGAAUUGUGCCAUAUCCCUGCAAGCUCUCAAUGGGACUUUAGGCUUCAAAACCUUGAGAUUGAGAGGCUUUACUGAACAGAAGCCACUCGAAAUGCUUAUUGACUGCGGGUCUCACAUAACUUUAUGGAUGAGGAAGCAGCAAAAAGACCAAACCGGCAAGAGUGAUAUAGUUUUGGGAAUACAAUGGCUGUGUCCUCUAGAAGAUAUCAAAUUCAACUUCAGAAAGUUGAUGAUGGAGUUUGAAUACCAAGGAAAGGUGCUUACACUGCAAGGCAUUCAACCUAAGUUCAAGACUUUGCAAGCCAAGUCCCUUGAGUCAAUGACACUGAUGGACUCUCAGUUCUUUAUGGUCAAAGUUAAAGACAAAGAACAGGAAAUAGUCUCUACGGAGGAAGGAGAACCUGCUGAAGUUCAAGGGCGUCAAUUGUUGGCUAAAGGGAGCAAAUGGGUCUUUGCUGCAAAAAGGAUAGAGUACCUGGGGUAUUAUAUCCCAGCUGAAGGUGUUUCAACUGAUCCACAUAAGAUUGAAGCAGUGAAAUCUUGGCCUAAACCUGGUUAUGUGAAACAACUGAAGGGGUUUCUUGGAAUGGCUGACUACUACAAGAGAUUUAUAAAAGGACAUGGAGUAAUCAGCAAGCCUCUUACAGAUUUCUUGAAGAAGGAUAAUUUCAAUUGGAAUGAAAAGACAUGA